AUGCAAAGCUGUCCGAGCUGUCAGUGUCAGUUCACUGAAGUGCAUAAGUAUGAUUACAUUGCAGGAAGUGCUCUUAAGCUUAGUGAUAGCGCCGAGGUAGUGGCUGAAGACUGCGUGUUCCACUCCCAUGAUGGCGUCGCCUUUUUGUGGGAUGAAUUUACAGAUGCAGGACCGAGAACACCAAACAGCGGCAGACUAAGACUAUCUAACUGUGUUAUCAAGCAAUGUGACCUUCAGGAAUUGACCUCCGUGAAAAUAUUCAUCAUAAUCGAGAAUUUCCUGCAGGAGAUGGGCAUGCCAGCAUUGCUCCAGAAUGUUUUCGAGGUCUCUACUGGUACAAACCUUCUACUCCACUGGAUUCGCUCCCAGAUGAACUCCCAUUUAGUUGCGAGGAUAGUUCCGAUGAACACGGAUCGGACAGUCCCAUACCGUCAUGUUCUCUUGAUUCAGAUGAAUCUUCACGUGCGAUCGUUCAUGUCUCUUGAUAACGAGAAGAAAAGAAUCAUGCAAGACAAGAUGAAUCAAAUGAUUCGUCGUGGAAUGCCCGCAAAAUUCAACAAAAAUGAUUUGGAAAGGAUCGACACCUUCUUGCGUUGGGAAAAGGAUAAGUGA